AUGCUCCCUGUCCGCAGACUGUCAAGGCGACAGGAUAGCCCGCCUAGCAAUGGACCUUCAUCCACCACAGAACCUAAUCAUUCCUCUACAGAAACAACGGCCACUUCAUCCGGACAGCCUCAAUCUGAUUCUAGUAGUAGGCCAACUUAUAUUAUUGCAGUCACAGUAACUUUAGUUGGGCUUAUAGCGUUGCUCCUUGCACUUUACCUCAUACGUCGAACCCGGAUCAAGCACAAGAAUCCAAAAUACAUACCGACGGUAUUUUUGAAAAAGGCUUGGGAAAGUUGGGACCCAGAAGCUCAUCGAUAUCGUUUGCCAGACCAGAAUGAUCCCCAUGAAUACACAGGAGCCGCCGGCGUGUCUGGUGUCGGCAGAAAUUUAUCGAGUCGACCACCUCCAUCGUUCAAUGCUGCCGCUCGAACCACCGUCCAAAAUGCCACAAACAACGACGCGGCAGGAGUUGAUAGGAAUACUUCAGUCCGCUCGGUAAUGACGCUACCAGCUUACAAUAUGACACCGGGACAAAACGAGCAGGUAUUGGGAAGAGAGGGUGACCGAGGGGGCAUUGACGUUGUUUUAGAAUUUCCAGAAACUAUCGACGAAGAAGAGUCACAGCGAGAGGCAGAGAUGGAGGCUUUAUACCAGGUUCGACUUGCGAGACGACGUGAGAACGAAGAACGAGAAGAGCGAAGACGAUUAAGGAGAGAGGCCAGAGAACGAGGCGAUCAUGUUGCAUUGAGAGAACUUCAAUCUCGACCUGCGAAUACCAGUACUGGACCAACCGUCGAAGAGCUCAGAGCAGAACAUGACAGGAUUAAGAAAGAACGCCAACGUGCAGUUUCAUCAGUUGCAUAUGGUGAUCUGGGAGUCGCGAGACAUGACGGCACACGAUUACGCGCAAAUAGUGAUGAGAGUGAACGACAAGGAUUACUUGGCGAUGCAGCAAGUAUGGCCGCGAGUAGUCGUUACCAUCGAAGAGAUCGAAGCGCAAGUUCAGUGUUAAGUAUUGACACAGUGAACUCGGACCUACCUUCUCCGGGAUUUACCAGGUCUCGCGCUGAUUCCCGACCGGAUAGUCCGCUUCGUCGAUCCAUAGGCCCUGGGGACUCGAAUGAUAAUCAUGAAGAUAGGGCUGGAAGCAGUCCCGAGAUGAUAGAUCAUGACGAUGUCCCAUUGAGCAGUCCCCCUGGAUAUGAAAAUGUAUCGUUAGACACACCACACGCGGAAGCUUCAGCUCUACCACAUCACAUGACGGAGCCCCUCCUGAUUAUACCAGUCCAAUAUACGGGAGAGGAGAGGGGCCAAGUUUAG